CAGGGAUAGAUAUAUACAAUCUAACCAACUACAAUAUUACUGGGAAAACAUUAUAUUAUAGAAUUACAAUUCAUACAUUUUAACUAAAGUUAUUUUGUUGACCUGAAAUGUGGUUUAUCAAGUAUAGUGGAGGGGAGGGAGUUGACUCAGUGUGCAGAGAAUCUUGAAUCCGCGUAGACGGACCAGAGUCCGCGGUGUAAACUAUGGUGACAAUUCACAAGUUCGGAGCAACACCGCUCACCUGUCAUGCUUGGUCUUCAGACCAGAGCAAGGUUGCAAUCUCACAAAACAAUCAAAACAUUGUAAUCUAUAAAUCCGGAGGUAAAGGUUGGGAAACUGAAUCCCAGCUCCAGCAGCAUGAUCUGAGAGUUACGGGUAUAGACUGGGCUCCUAGAACCAACCGUAUAGUAACCUGUAGUGAAGACAGGAACGCCUAUGUCUGGGUUAAAGACGGAGAAGCCUGGAAGCAUACUCUGGUUGUUCUGAGGAUAAACCGAGCUGCAACCUGUGUCCGCUGGUCUCCGGACGAAAAUAAGUUUGCAGUAGGUUCCGGAGCUAAGGUUAUCAGUGUCUGCUUCUAUGAAAAGGAAUAUGAUUUCUGGGUGGCUAAGCAUAUUAAGAAACCCAUCAAGUCAACUGUUACAACAGUAGACUGGCAUCCUAACAAUAUUCUGCUAGCCGCAGGUUCUACGGACUUCAAGGUUCGCAUUUUCUCCGGGUACCUCAAGGAGAUAGAGGCUAAACCAACUCCCACGGAAUGGGGAGCAAAAAUGACUUUUGGAAACCUGAUGGCGGAGUUUACAAACUCUCCUAAUGGAGGUGGUUGGGUUCAUGAUUUAUCCUUCUCCCUGGAUGGUUCCAAGGUUGCCUGGGUCGGCCAUGACUCCAGUGUGAGUGUAGCUGAUGCCGGGAACGGGAUGAGAAUUGCUAAACUAAAAACCUGCCUCCUUCCAUUUAAAUCUGUCCUCUGGGUCUCCCCAAGCACCCUGAUUGUCGCGGGACAUGAUUAUGUUCCGAUUGUAUUCAGCCUAAGCUCCGAAGGGAAUCUAGUUGAAGGUGACCGGCUCGAGGAGGACAAGAAAGCGUCUCUAGGUACUCUAUCCAAUGCGCGUCAGAUGUUCCAGAACAUGGAUAUCCUGGGACAAAGUGAUUCAGGAACCCGUAUCAAUACUACGCAUGAAAAUCAGAUCAACGAGCUAAGAAUACAGAAAACUAUGAAGGACGAGGUUCGAACUAUCUCCAGUUGUGCUGGAGAUGGGAAACUAGUGAUCUGGAACCUUGAAACCCUCGCAGGGAAACUCAAACCUCAGAGAAACUGAAAACCUCCAGACCUUGUGCCCAGCAACGUAUUUUGAUUCUGCUUUGUUUAAGUUUUUUAUAAUUUUCUACUUUAAUGAUUAACAAAAACUAUUUUGCAUCAUCUAGAAAAUAUUCUUAAUAAUUCUUGAUUUAUUAAACCAUGCUCAUUGCUCAUCCACCUCAAAGCUUUAGACUGAAACCAAAAGUCCUUACUGUUAUUUAUUAUGUUUAAUGUGUAUGUAUAUCUAUAUGUAAUAAGAUAAGAAAAUAAAAAAAUAUAUAUAA